UCGCGCAAGCGCGUAGCCCGUCCCGGCUCUGGAGCAUAAACAAGAGUGCGGACGGGAUGAGGCGGCGGUUGGUCCCCGCUCAGCGAGUGGCGGCGAGCGAGGGCGCAAGCCGGACCGGGCGCAGAUCCUGAGUGGAACACGCUCCCGCGGGCCGCCCGAGUUGCGCCGCGCGCGCUCCCGCGAAGGGGGUCCGAGCCCGUCGCGCGCGCGCAGCCAUGAACCUGGCGAGCCAGAGCGGAGAGGCCGGCGCCGGCCAGCUGCUGUUCGCCAACUUCAACCAGGAUAACACGUCCCUCGCGGUUGGUAGUAAGUCCGGGUAUAAGUUUUUCUCCCUUUCUUCUGUGGAUAAGCUGGAACAGAUCUAUGAAUGCACUGACACAGAAGAUGUGUGCAUCGUGGAGAGAUUGUUUUCAAGCAGCUUGGUAGCCAUCGUCAGCCUCAAAGCUCCCAGGAAACUGAAAGUUUGCCACUUUAAGAAGGGAACUGAAAUAUGCAACUACAGCUACUCCAACACGAUACUGGCUGUGAAGCUGAACAGGCAGAGGCUCAUUGUGUGUCUGGAGGAGUCACUCUAUAUACACAACAUCCGGGACAUGAAGGUACUUCAUACCAUCCGAGAGACACCCCCAAACCCUGCAGGCUUGUGUGCACUGUCAAUAAACAACGACAAUUGCUACUUGGCGUACCCAGGGAGUGCGACCAUCGGAGAGGUGCAGGUCUUCGACACCAUUAACUUGAGAGCUGCAAACAUGAUCCCGGCUCAUGACAGUCCCUUAGCAGCCCUGGCUUUUGACGCAAGUGGGACCAAGCUUGCCACUGCUUCUGAGAAGGGGACUGUGAUCAGGGUAUUUUCCAUUCCAGAGGGACAAAAGCUGUUCGAGUUCCGAAGAGGAGUGAAGAGGUGUGUGAGCAUCUGCUCCCUGGCCUUCAGCAUGGACAGCAUGUUUCUCUCCGCAUCCAGCAACACCGAAACUGUGCAUAUCUUCAAACUUGAGGCCGUGAGGGAAAAACCUCCAGAAGAGCCCACCACCUGGACUGGCUACUUCGGGAAGGUGCUUAUGGCAUCUACCAGCUACCUGCCCUCACAAGUGACAGAAAUGUUCAACCAGGGCAGAGCCUUUGCCACUGUCCGCCUACCAUUCUGUGGCCAUAAAAACAUCUGCUCAUUAACCACAAUUCAGAAGAUCCCACGGUUGCUGGUGGGAGCAUCAGAUGGCUAUUUAUACAUGUACAACCUGGACCCCCAGGAAGGUGGCGAGUGUGCCCUGAUGCGUCAGCACAGGCUCGAUGGCAGCAUGGAGACGACCAGCGAAAUUGUAGACUCUGCCUCUCACGACUGCCCCUUAGUAACGCAGACGUACGGCGCAGCAGCUGCCAAAGGUGCCUAUGUGCCCUCCUCCCCAACGAGGCCUGGUAAAGGGCAGGACACCAACUUAGAAGCCUACACAGAUGACCUGGGUGCCGUGGGGGGCACUUGCCUGGAGGAUGAAGCCAGCGCCCUGCGCCUGGAUGAAGACAGCGAACAUCCUCCCAUGAUUCUCCGGACUGACUGAUCCUGACCUGUGAACUCUGGCCCAGGAGCAGAGGACACUGGCCUGGCAGAGGACUUGUGCAUUGCUGCUAUGAACUUUGACCUGAAUUGAGGGAGAGGAUGGCAGAGAUUUUAAAGCGGAGAGAUUGUAGUUCUAGUUUAUCCAUACUGUCGAGAAAAUACACUGUUUUCACUUCAGUGACUUUAAUCCUGCUUAUGAAUUUUAGCUUUUUAUUUUCUCUCACUCUUUUUUUUUUUAUUUUUUUUUUCUUGCCAAAAUUAACUGGUGAAGUCUGGCGUCUCCUUGCUUUGCAUGCGUGAUGUGCCAAGCCAGCAUAGGAGAGCCACCCCAUAGCAAGCAGAGCGGUCAGGUCUCAUGGCAGGGCCCGAAUGAAGAUGGCUCUGUGUGCCGUGAUCCUGCAGGGGCAGGGCCCAGCCGCCCACUGAGACAGCCCCACCUGGACCAUUUUCCUCCAGUUUAUAUUCUCUUUCCAGAUUGAAUCAUUCUGGAACUAGCUUUCUCCAUGGGGGACUGUUGUGUGGGGUCUUGUUCUCCAUGGGGAUCUUGAGGGAGAGGCAGUUUCUCCUCUGCACCUUCUUUUCUGGCAAUGUGCCGGGGCAGCCUGGAGCCAAGGAAGGCAAUCUCAUUUGUGUCAUUAAAUGCUCUGUCUCCUACUGUCCCCGUCCGCUAACUGUGGCUUGGUUUGUUGUUUUAAAGGAGAGUGUAGCUACUCCCAUGCCCAAAAAAGCACAAGGGUAUAAGAUGCUGCGUCAGCCGCCAGGCAUCAGUGUGCGCCUGGAGCUGUGCUGUCUGCCAGGGGCUCCCCUGUCUCCCCACCCCAGAGUUAGCAGCAGCAGGUAGAGAGGCCCCAGGGAGACAGUGGGUCUUCCCCCGGUCCCCCACCCCAGUGACGUGCCUUUUCUUUCUCGGUCUGUAAAUGUGCAGGAAUGUGAUGUCAGGUUCCAGGUCUGCCCUCGCUUCUGCUUGCUUUUUACUUUUUUGGUGGCUUUGGGGGAAGUACAGAUUCACAUUACAGCCAAGGCUGCCCUAGAACUCAAUAUAUAGCCAGCACUGGCCUCAAAUUUAGAGCGGUCCCCCGCCUCAACUUCCUGAGAGCUGGGAUCACAGGUACCACUGUGCCUAGCUCCUUUCUCAGCUCUACGGAAUGAAAAGUUCAGGUCUCGAAUCUGCGUUCUAAACGGACCGUAGCAGUUACGAAGUUAUGAGUUAAAGAAGGUGUGGGCUGUUACUUCUUCAUGAACGUGGCUUUAGGUGAAAGCAGGGAAUGAAGAGGAUGAUGUCGGAGUACCAGGUUCUGCCAGCCUCGUCAGGCUUCUAGACAGGAGGAACUGUAGUAGCGGUCUUGAGUUUAGCCUGGGUAAGUCUGGUAGUGUUUCUGCAGAGUGCAGUGGCUAGACAGACCUGCUGGUGUCUCCUGCCCUUGCUGUUCCCAGGGUGGCUAAUCACAUGGGUGGGGCACAAGGGCUGUCCACAGCUAGAUCUGGCUGCUGGCGGUGCUAGGACUGGGGGUGUUGAACUUUAAGCUGUGCGUGGAACCCCAGCCCUGUGGCCUGGUUAGAAGAGCCUGGGAAGCAAGCGCACAGGGCUGGAGCUGGGGCUUCCUGGAACCAAAGAGCGAUGUCUGGAAUCAAGUGUGACUUACGUGCUGACUCUGGACUUGAAUGCUGUGGGUUGGGGCCCAACUCCACCUGCUGAGAUUUCUUUUCUUGGAAAUUAGUAUUCCAGAAACGUGGGAUUUAUUUCUCCCUUUUGGCCCUCAGGCCUGAGGAGGGGUGUGGACAGGGGCGAAAGCAGCUCUCCGAGGUGGGCACUCUGUCAGGACUCACCACUGUCAGAGCCAAUUGAGGGACUGAGUCAACUACAAUACACACCCAAGUGAUUGCUCACCACCAGGCCUCACACAAAUGGCCAUUUUUAAAUUUUCCAAAGUUAAGAGAAAAUUUUGGAAUCAGGUGUGGUACACACCUGUAAUCCCAGCAAUCAGGAGAGGAGGCAGGAGAAAUGCUGUGAGUUUGAAGCCAACCUAAACUAUACAGUAUGGGCAAGCCUGGCCUACAGAAUGAGAACCUGUCUCCAAAAAAAAAAAAAAAAACCAAAGGAUGACGACUUUAAACAAAAAAAUACACUGGGGAAUGAGAGUUUAAAAUCCCCCAAAUUUUUAAGAUUUGUAUGGAUUGGGACCAAAGCUUUUGUAUUUUCCAAAACAAAGCAAAAGUUGGAGCCCCUUGUCCUCCCUACACUAAUGUGAGUUAGGGGCAGCUCGGGGGCCUUGGACUGGACUGUACGAGAAGAACCCUACCUCACAGGGCUGUUGUGAGGUGUGGGAGGGAAGCCCUAGCACUGGGCCUGGCCAGCAAUGGACUCCAAUAAACACUAAAACUGAAAUGUC